CCCAUCCUCUCCUAAUUAAUUACUACAUCUCUCUCCCUCUGUUAUUAAUCAAGAGUCACAUCAUCGUCCACUGAAGUCAUGAGAUGGAGAACUUUCUAACACACUUACCUAAAAGUGCUUUCAGCCAUCAAUACACACUCAGUUAGUCAUCCUAUCAUAUUAAAAGCAGCUAAUUCUAAGCCCCAACAUGCUUCUACGCUAUAUAUUCUUGGUUCUUCUACACUAGUAAUCUCUGCAUCUUCUCCUACUCAAUUACAUAGCUUCUCCUCUCUUUCCGUCUAUCUACCUCUCUUCAUUCGUGGGUGCUUAGGUUGGUUGUGUUAUAGUUUUCAUGUUAUGGAGGUUGUUAUUCUGCUUCUACUUCUAUGUCCAUUACUAUGUGCAGGGCAUGCUAUUGAGGCUCUCUCCUAUGACUACUCCGGCACAAUGAAGUGCUUGGCAGAGCCUGAGAAACCUCACUAUAAAGGAGGGAUUAUAGUCAAUCCUGAAUUCAACAAUGGUGUAAAAGGAUGGGAAGCCUUGGGGCAAGGGGCAAUCAAACAGCGACUAUCCAACGGAAACAGGUUCCUGGUGAGCCAUAGCAGAAUACAUCCACUGGAUAGUUUCAGGCAGAAAGUUAACCUGGAAAAAGACAAGUUGUAUGCUUUAUCAGCUUGGGUACAGAUAAGUAAAGGGAAUGAAGCAGUUAGUGCUAUGUUUAAGACUAAGGACAGUCAACUACUACAUGCUGGAACAGUCAUCGCUAAGUCUGGUUGCUGGUCAAUGCUAAAGGGAGGCAUCUCCACAAAUACAACAAGCCACGCAGACCUUUAUUUUGAGACUGGAAGCGCAAUAGUGGAGAUUUGGGUGGACAGUAUCUCAUUACAACCAUUUAGUAAGGCACAGUGGAGAGCCCAUCAAGAUGCAAGCAUCGAGAAGGUACGUAAAAACAAAGUGAGAUUCGAAGUCAUUGAUGUUGAUGGAACUAAACUAGCAGGUGUUCAAGUUUUCAUCAAGCAAAUUAGAUCAGACUUCACAUUUGGUUGUGCAAUGUCAAAAAACAUUCUCACAAGCAUAGAUUACCAGAAUUGGUUCAGCUCAAGAUUCAAAUAUACCACCUUUGCAAAUGAGAUGAAGUGGUACAGCAAUGAGGCGAGAGGACGUGGACAAGAAAAUUAUACUAUCCCUGAUGCCAUGGUAGCAUUUGCAAAGCAAAAUAACAUUUCCAUCAGAGGUCACAAUGUCUUCUGGGACAACCCCAAAACUCAACCUAAAUGGCUUACGACACUUCCACCCGAGGAAAUAGGAAAAGCAUCAGCAAGAAGAAUAGACUCAGUGGUUUCUAGAUACAGUGGACAACUCAUUGCAUGGGAUGUGGUGAACGAAAACAUGCAUUUCUCCUUCUUUGAGGACAUGCUCGGCAAAAAUGCCUCAGCGAUUUUCUAUAAUAGGGCUCACCAGCUUGAUGCAACAGCAACUCUUUUUCUCAACGAGUAUAAUACAAUUGAGAAUAGCAAGGAUAAGACUGCACACCCAGAAAACUACUUGAAGAAGCUUAAAGAAAUUCAAGCCUACCCUGGAAAUGAAAAUAUACCGUUUGGAAUCGGGUUGCAGACCCAUUUUCCUGCACUUCCACCAAACCUUGCUUACAUGAGAGCUGGCAUGGAUAUGCUAGGUUCAUUAGGAUUCCCUAUGUGGCUAACAGAAGUGGAUGUCAACAGAGGUCCAAAUCAGGCUACAGUCCUAGAGGAGAUACUAAGGGAAGGUUACUCUAACCCAUAUGUCGACGGAAUGAUCAUAUUUAGUGGCCCAUAUAUUGAUGGUUGUGGCAGAAUGUGUAUGACAGAUCCAAACUACAAAAGUAAUGAAGUAGGAGAAGUGGUGGAUAAAUUACUCAAAGAAUGGAAAUCAGAGGAAUUUGAAGCUACAACAGAUAUUAAUGGCUAUUUAGAUACUUCACUUUUUCAUGGAGAGUACGAAGUAAUAGUCACUCAUCCAGUAACAAAUGCUUCAAAAGUUACGAGUAUUGAAGUUUCUAAAGUAAACCCAGGUGAGAUUAUCCAUGUCAAGGUUACUUAAAUGAGUCUAUGUAAAACCUAAAUUAUAUGCACUCAUUUUUGCAAAGAAAUGAGAACCUAAGUAUCAGAAUUGGGAUAAAAUUUGUUACCUCAAUAUUGAUAGAUUCAAUUGAUCACUUUGCUGCUUGUAUUUUCUCCA